CUAAGUAAAGUUCUAAUAUAUUUAUAUAUCUAACCUUUUAAUCUGAUAACAUUAAAUUGCUAAAGAUAAAAUGACAUCUCGAUUUAGUGGAGCAUUACAGAUUACAAAUUUAGAUGAUUUUAUUACUCCUUCUCAAGAAUGUAUAAAACCUAUAGAAAUUCAGACGUCAAAAAGCAAAACUGGUGCAAAAAUAAAAAUUGAAGAAGACGGAACACCUAUGGCUUUAAAUGAAGUUGGACAACCAGAAAAGUUACAAAAAGUAGAAAUAACACUUGCUGAUUGUUUAGCCUGUAGUGGUUGUAUUACAUCUGCAGAAACAGUAUUAGUUACACAGCAAAGUCAGGAAGAAUUGAUGAGAGUGUUUAGAGAAAAGACCUCUCAAUGUCAAAACGAAGAUGGUAUGUAUUCAACAUUUAUCGUGGUUAGUCUUUCUGUACAAGCAGUAUUGUCUGUAGCAGAACGUUAUAGUCUUAAUUCAGAAGAAGCACUAAAUAAACUUGCUGGAUACUUUUACCAGUUAGGAGCAGAUUUAGUUUUAGAUAUGACUGUGGCUGAUGACUUUGCUCUCUUAGAAUCUGCUAAAGAAUUUAUAGAACGUUACAAAGCAGCUAAAGAAGGUGAAAAAAAUCAAUUGCCCAUGUUGUCUUCUUCAUGUCCAGGUUGGGUUUGCUAUGCUGAAAAAACACAUGGUAAUUUCAUACUUCCAUAUAUAAGUGUCACAAAAUCUCCUCAACAGAUUAUGGGAUCAUUAGUUAAAUAUUAUUUAGCUGAAACUAUGGGUCUUUUACCAGAGCAAGUUUAUCAUGUAACUGUUAUGCCUUGUUAUGAUAAAAAAUUGGAAGCAUCUAGGAAAGACUUUUACAAUUAUGAAAGAAAAUUUAGAGAUGUAGAUUGUGUUAUAACUCCAAUUGAAUUAGAACAAAUGUUUAACGAUUACAAUGUAACAAUAAGUAAAAUAAAUGAAAAAGAAGUUCAAAAACCAUUUGGGUCACAAAUAGAAGAUUUGAAAAAUAAUUUAUAUGGUCAUACUGGUUCAGGAUCUGGGGGUUAUGCAGAAUUUAUUCUUCGUUAUGCUGCAAAACAUUUGUUUGAUGAAGCAGACGUAAUAAUUAAAUUUAAAAACCUUAGAAAUCCUGAUUUUCAAGAGGCAGUUUUUCAGAAAGAUGGUCGACCAUUAUUAACAUUUGCAAUUACUAAUGGAUUUAGAAAUAUACAAAAUCUUGUACAAAAAUUAAAACGUGAAAAGUGUCCAUAUGAUUAUGUUGAAGUUAUGGCAUGUCCCUGUGGUUGCCUUAAUGGAGGAGCACAGAUUAAACCUUUAAAUAAUAUUCAACCACGUGAGCUGGCACUAAAACUAGAAUCUAAGUAUUGGAAUCUUCCUCAGAGUAAUCCUGAACAAAAUUCAGUAGUGCAAAAUUUAUAUAGAAAUUGGUUAGGAGGUGAAUAUACAGAUAAAGCUUUAGCAUAUUUCCACACACAGUAUCAUGAAAUAAAGAAAGCAGAUACAGCUCUUGCUAUAAAAUGGUAA